AGAAGCACUUUAAAAGACACAUUUCAACCAUUGUUAAAGCCCUGUGGAGAACCUAUCCGAACUGAUUCACACACGUCUGUAGGACCAGGCUGAAGAGAGCAGAAUGGAGAUGAGGAAGAAUACAUAUAUAAAUCCAAAGUCAAAGAUUACUAAAGUCAGCAAACCUGAUUCAGAAGACUGUGACAGAUUGUAUGAAGAAAUUCUUGUAAAUGAAGAGAACCUGAAGACUCACAUGACCAGAAGCACCAAUGAAUCUGAGAACGCAGGGAAUAACACUGAAAGGAGCAGAUGCAACAGACUGGCUAGAAUUUGUCUUGAGCUGCUCUGCGGUGUCCUUCUGGUUGCCAUCAUACCUCUGACUAUAGAGAGACAGCAGUUACAGACCAGUAACACCAACCUAAUUACAGAGAGAGACCAGUUACAGACCAGUUACUCCAACCUGACUAUAGAAAAACAACAGCUACAGGUUAAAAUUCAGCAAAUAGCAAAGGAAAAGGAAGACUUACAGAGCAGCUCCAACACCAUGAGAAACCAGAUGGACCUUUUGCAGAAGGAGAAAAACAGACUUCAGCAGAAGCUGAAUGACUUACAUACAUGCAAUGUGACGGGAUGGUUGUACUUCAAGUCUAGUUUUUACUACAUCUCUACUGAGAAGAAGAGCUGGGAUGAUAGCAGACAGUACUGCAGAGAGAGAGGAGCAGACCUGGUGAUCAUAAACAGCAGCGAAGAACAGGAUUUCCUUGCUAAUAUUCUAGUCAGUAUUAAAAGCUUUAUAGCUUGGAUUGGUCUGACUGACAGAGACACAAAGGGCAGGUGGAAAUGGGUGGACGGUUCAGCACUGACCACUGGGUACUGGGGUGAUGGAGAACCAAAUGAUACAGGUGAAGAAGACUGCGUAGAGUUUUAUCCAUUUAAUAAGAAGUGGAAUGACCGGAAAUGCUCUGCUAUUGAACAAUGGAUCUGUGAGAAACGUACUGAGUGAUCGUGUAAUACAUGCUUAUCUUCACAUUUUGGUCAAUGAUAAUAUCAUAUAAAAACCCUCUUUGUCAUUUCACCAUCCCACACAAUGAUUAGCUUUAUUUUUCAUAAGUUAUUAUAACAAAAAUGAAUUAUGUUUUUUUUAUUACACUGUACACUGUAUAAAUCAUCAUGACUCUGUUUGUGAUUAGAGCUGCCUUUCAGAUGUUUAUCUAGUGAUGUAACGUGUUGGUUUUCUGUUGGUUAUAAUCUGUAACAAACUGAAGUUCUGCAUCUGAAUUAUAAAGUUACACAGUAACAUUAAAUGGCCAUUUCAA